AUGACUGGUCGAAUCGAAUCUUUGCACCUCACUUUUUUUCUUCGCCUGUGCACGGAUCUGGUUCGAACCUCGUCCUGUUCUGAUGGUUGUGGAAGUACUGCAUCAGACUCUGGCGAGGCUAAUGAUACCAGUAGCAUAGUCAACUGUAGGCACAGCAUCCACAGCAGUAGCUCCUCCUGCAUGCAGACCGCUUUGAUAUUACUGCUACUACUUGCUCUAGCGUCAGCAAGAAGCAAUGGUGACCAGCAUGAAGCAGAACGUGAUCAUUUUCAGUUCCCAGGCAUUGGCCGUAACCACAGUACGGCAACAUCCACAACUUCAGAACAGCAGAAGCAGCCACAUGGUGGCAAGGCCAAGUUGCUCGAGUCAUGUACCAAGAACCAAGAUUGCGCUGCCGGUCUGUUUUGUCAAGAACAGAUCUGCCAGGACAUUCAGCAAACGGUUUUACUCUUAGACGUGGCCAGCGUUACUGCUGACGAUACUAGCAGUAGCAGUAGUAGCAGCAGCAGCGACGAUGAGUUGGGAGACAGAUGUAUGGAUGCUGGUGGUGAUGGGACUACUACCGAUGAUGGCCGCAAAGUCGAUGAGAGUAAAAACGAUGCGGGAGAAGAUCAAGUUUUCGGUGACGAAUUGCGGAUCUGCAACGACACGCUCAAGUUAGGAACUGAUGACACACAUCAGCACGGGGGUGACAUGAGUGAGGUAAGCAGCAGCAGUGAUGAAAGUAGUAGUAGCAGCAGUGACAGCAGUGACAGUGACAGCACUGAUAGCAGUGACAGCAGUGACAGCACUGAUCUGGAGGAGAGUAGCGAUAGCAGUGAUGAGGAUGACAUGUCAGAAGAUGACGACAUUCUUGAGGAAUACUAUGACAUGCAUGACAGCGUUGACGGCGAGCGAUGGUGA